CGUAGACUGUAAAGAGAAACUGUUGUGUGUCAUCGAAUGACGCUUGCCAUCUCAAUAGGCUGAAUUUGCAGUUGCCAAAUGGUAGCGAAGUGUACUAGUAGCUGUACAAGUCUGUAGAUUAAAUUGAAUCGUCGAUGAAUCACUUCUGUCAGAACACGGCCAGGCUGCUUCUACACGCUGUUUCUGUUUCUUCUCGCUCUUUCAACUCUACUAGCUUUAACAAAUUGACACAGAGUGUCCCGUCAACGGCAGAUGUUGUUGUGGUGGGUGGUGGAGUCAUUGGUUCAUCAACUCUGUAUCAUUUGAGCAAGUUGGGUGUCACGGAUUGUGUAUUGGUGGAGAGAAAUCGUGUGACGUCGGGUACCACUCAUCACAGUACGGGGUUGCUGUGGAGACUGAAACCGAAUGAUGUUGAUGUGCAGUUGCUGCGUAGGACGAGGGAUAUGGUGAGGGAUGAGUUGGAGAAGGAGUCGGGAAUUUCACCAGGAUUUGUGGAGAAUGGAAGUCUGUUUGUUGCUUUGACAAAGGAGAGACUUAAUGAAGCCAAGAGGCUCUUGAAUUUAGGAAGGUUGUUUGGUAUUGAUUCCCAUGUAUUGGAUCCAAGUGAAACUAAACGUCUUUUUCCUCUAAUGAAUGUGAGUGAUUUGUACGGAUCGUUGUACAGUCCAGGAGAUGGAGCAGUUGAUCCAACUGGCUAUGUCAACUCACUCAUUAAAGCAGCAACAAAUCAAGGAGCAAAGGUUAUUGAGAAUUGCCCUGUUACUGGAGUGCAAGUAGAUAUCAAUGAUUUUGGUUUCAAGCAAGUGUCUGCUGUUCACACACUACAUGGCUCUAUCAAGACAAACUGCAUCGUCAACUGUGCAGGAGUAUGGGCACCCAAACUUGGAGCUAUGGCCUCAGUUGCCGUUCCACUGUUAGCAAUGCAGCGGGCAUACGUCAUCACACAGCAAAUAGAUGGAAUAAAGGACAAACCAAACGUUCGAGAUCAUGAUUCAUCUCUAUAUCUUCGAGUACAAGGAGAAGCACUUGUCAUUGGAGGCUACGAGAGCAAUCCAAUCUUUUGGGAAGAAGUGGAGGACGACUUUGCGUUUAGUCUUUUUGAUCUAGAUUGGGAUGUAUUUAGUCAGCAUAUGAAUGCUGCAGUCAACAGAGUGCCAAUCAUCGGACAAACACCAAUUCAGUCGACUGUUUGUGGACCAGAAUCGUUUACUGCAGACCAUCGACCUUUAAUGGGUGAAGCAGUAGAAGUUAGAGGAUUUUAUCUCGGUUGUGGAUUCAGCUCUGCUGGUAUUAUGUACAGUGGAGGUUGUGGAGAGCAACUGGCUCAUUGGAUUGUCAAGGGAUCACCCACAGUUGACAUGUUUAAUUAUGAUAUUAGAAGAUUUCAUCACUCUGUUGUCUCUGAUAAGACAUGGUUGAAAUCAACUAGUCAUGAGGCAUAUGCAAAGAAUCAUUCGAUUGUGUUUCCAAAGGAUCAGCCGCUUGCUGGUAGAAACAUGAGGAAAAGUCCAUUUCACGAGUUGUUGUUGAAUGCCGGGUGUGUUUAUCAGGAGAAACAUGGAUGGGAAAGACCAGGAUGGUUUGCUACAGACACAAUGAGAAAAGGGAAAUCAACUGCAGUAAAGGAUUAUGAUUUCUAUGGAGCCUACAACAUGAAGGCACACGAAGAUUACCUAUAUCGUGAUCUUCUAAUGAUGGACUACAAGCUUAGUUUCAGCGAUUGUCAUGAGCAAAUUGGGAAAGAGAGUCUUGCUUGUCGUAAGGGUGUGGCCGUGUUUGACAUGUCUUCAUUUGGCAAGUUUUACUUGACAGGCCACGAUGCACAAAAGGCAGCUGAUUGGAUUUGCACCAAUAAUGUGAAUCAGGAUGCAGGUUGCAGUGUGUAUACAUGUAUGUUGAAUAAUCAUGGUGGAGUGGAGAGCGAUUUGAUGUGGCAUGUUGUUAACCCAGGAGAAACUGAAAUACAGAAUGUUAUAGGUGACACGGCGUUCUACAUCACAUCUGGUGGUGGUUCUGGCCAACACGACUUCUGCCAUGUCAACAACAUUAUCAACGACAUGAAGUUCGACUGCCAAUUAAGAGACAUCACAGAAGACUUAGGCGUAUUGAGUGUGCAAGGACCAUUGAGUCGGCGAUUGCUUCAAGAGCUGACAACAUCUGAUCUCAGUAAUGGUUCCUUUCCCUUUGGUACUCAUCAGGUCAUUGAUAUUGCAGACAAGCCAGUCAGAGCCGUGAGGCUGACUUUUGUUGGUGAACUCGGCUGGGAGCUUCAUAUUCCUGAAUCAUCAUGUUUGCAUGUGUACAACGCUCUGAUGGAGGUGGGCAGACAGUACGGCAUUAUGAAUGCUGGUUAUCGUUCUAUUGAUUCGUUGAGUAUUGAGAAAGGAUAUCGACAUUGGCAUGAAGAUGUGAGAGCAGACGACAGUCCUCUUGAGGCAGGACUUGGAUUUACUUGUAAACUCAAAUCUAAUGUACCAUUUUUGGGUCGAGAAGCGAUAGAGAAAGAAAAAGCACGUGGACUGAUGAAGAAACUAUGCUGUUUUACAUUUGACAGCAAUGAAGUUCUGUUUGGUGUGGAGGGCAUUUGGCGUGAUGGCGUGUGUGUUGGUUAUCUACGUCGAGCAGACUAUGGAUACUGGCUGCAGAAGAGCAUCGGCUAUGGAUACGUUUCCCAUCCAGAUGGUCUUACUGUUAGUAAUGAAUUUUUGAGAGAUGGUCACUACACUAUCGAAGUGAUGGGAGAUACCAUUCCAGCCACUCUGCACUUGGAGUCACCAUUUGAUCCAAAGAACAAUCGAAUUAAAGGAUCAUAUGAUGCUGACAACAAGAAACAAGUUUCAUAGAACGUAUUUAUAUUCAAUAAAAACAAUACAAGUAGAUUUACAUGCAAUCAGUCAACGGAUGUUGUAAAAUGAAAUGCACUGUCAGAGUCCGAUCAUAACAUCAGACUGUCUAUUUGUUACAUACGUACAAUCAAUUUUAUCAGUGCAAGCAACUGUAGUCUAGUUAUACUUACUGUAGGAUUGGAAUGUUUUGCUGUAUGUUUAGAUUUGUGAUUUGCGAUUUUUUAAAGAAAUUGUAAAAUUAAAAUUUGCAAACAUACCCGUAUACUACUGUACUUGUAUUUAUUAGAAAUCACAAAAUUGA